AUGUUAAUGGAAGUACCUACUGUUAUUGAACAACAAUGUGCACUCAUUAAAGAUCAAGAAACAUCUUCGAUUAACGAUCAAUUAAAAACUUGUUUAGACAACAUCGUUAUCGAAUUGAAACAAGACAAAGUGAAGAAUAAUGUCGCAACAAUACAACAGAUUGUCUCAUCAGUUUCAAUUCGAUUGAAAAAUGAUCGAACAUUCUGCGAAGCGAAACUUCUCGAUCAUCAGCUCUUUUUGCUUAUUCGUGAUUAUUAUCUGGAUAUUCUGUGUCGUUGGCGAACUGGUGCAGUACUCGACUCAAUGUCAGGCCAAGUUUUCACUCAAAUCGCUAUUCUAUUUGCCGAACUGUGCUUCCAGGCUGUGGAUACUGAAGUUGAUCAAUUGAAAAAGCUCUUAACUCAUGCAUCUUUCAUCAAUGAAAUUCGUGCAUGUCUCAAGGACAUAGCUACAAAUGGUAAACAUUUGCAGGAUCAACAAAUAGAAGCAAUUGAUUAUACUAUUCGAGCCAUUCAUUAUCUUGAGAAAGGUCGAACAGAUAUUCAGAAAAUAACUAUGUUAUCUGAGCUACUCGAUAGUAUUGUUAACUGUGUAUGUUCAAGUUACUUCGUGUCCAUGUUUAAACACAUAACUGAACUUGAAAAACUUAACGAAGGGCAAACAUUUUUGCUCGAUACUUGUACGAAUUACAUUUCUUGGCAUGAUGCUGGUCGUUAUAAUGACACUUGUGUAGCUGUUCGAACUACUCUAUUAAAUACUUUUACUUGUUGGUUUCAGAAUCAGCUAUUGUCUUUUCAUAAAUUGAGUAAAGUGGCAAUUAAAGUUAUUGGUCAACUUUGUAUUACAUUAAUCGGAGGAAAUGCUAGUGAUGAAGAAAUCUUUUCUCAACCAAUUCGAGAAGAUUAUUGCAAAAUGAUCGAUCAAAUAUCUUCUAUAUUGAAUACAAUCAUAAACUGUGAAACAAUUGAUGAAAUAACAAAAGUUUUUAUAAGAGUUCUGGCUCAAAAUUUAUAUUCUUUGACGAUGACAAAUGAUUUACGAACGUAUAUUAAAACUAAACACAUGAUUCCAUUGUUGUUAAAAAUAACUAAUAUUGAAGAUGAAACAAUACAAUUUCAUAUUUAUCGUGUAUUGGCUUCAAUUAUGACUGAAGAAGAUUUGAAAACAUUGACGAAUUCGACUAAAAUUGCCAAUGUCUUUCUCGGAUUUCUUAUUAAUCUGAUUGAUGAUUCCAGCAUGAUACCACGAUUUCAUAAUUUACUCCGCAGUCUCAAGAUCUUGGUCCAGCAUGAUCAAAUAAAAGAAGAAUUGACAAAACAAGGGGUGUUACCUCUUCUCCUUCGUUGUGUAACAGAGUCGAAAUUUGAUCCUAUCAAAGUUCGAUUAUCAUCAUUAGAAAUUCUUCUUGCUCUAACAUUCAACGAUGAUGCUGCAGGUCAACUCAAAGACAAUUCUCAGUUCAUUUCAAACUUGAAAAUGUUGGUUACUUCGUCCACUAAUCGACAUUUGCAGAGAGUAGCUGGAAAUCUCCUGUGGAAAUUGGAAAAAGAAGAAACAACCAUUGCCAAAUCACAUGAAACAUCGACAAUAUCCGAUAUUACUUUGGAGAAAUAUGAUAUUAUGUUAAGCUAUUCGCAUAGUGACAAAGAUUUGUGUUAUCGUAUUCAUGAUUGUCUAGUUAAAGAUAACUUUCGAGUGUGGAUUGAUCGGGAUCAAAUGCAUGGACAAACGAUGGUCGCCAUGGCCACUGCUAUUGAAAAUUCAGACUUUGUAUUUUUAUGCAUGUCAGAAGCAUACAAACAGAGUGCAUAUUGCCAAUCCGAAGCUCAUUAUGCUUUUGAGCGUCAAUGUUAUUUGGUUCCCUUAGUGAUGAAGUCAGGCUAUCGACCAGAUGGUUGGUUGGGAAUUAUCGCCAGUGGAAAGAUCUAUAUCGAUUUUCCUAAACUUGGAUUCGAUGUUGCCUAUGAAAAGCUGAAAAAUGAGAUUAUUCGGUAUCGAACAAAUCAAACCCAAUCAACUUCAACAAAGAAGUCGCUUCGACACGGCUUGGCACCAAAAACAAUAAAUUUAUCUGUCAAGUCGGAUGAGCAAAAUCUAUCAGUCGAGGAGUAUCCACAUUGUAUUAAUCAAUGGACAACAACUCAUGUUCGAUCAUUUCUUAUCAACGAAAAACUCGAAAGUCUUCUGCCAGUACUGGGAAAUAUGAAUGGACGUCUUCUUCAUGAAACCUAUAAAAGAUGUAAAGCACAUUGGGAUCUGAUGUUUCAAACUUUUAAAGCUGAAGUAGCAGCUGACAAUCCAGAAAAACUCCUGACUGUCGAUACUUACAUACGCUUUCUUGAUGCAAUCGAAAAAUACAUACCAAUUGUACCCAAUGAUAGCUUCAAGCCUUCAACAUCAGCAUCGAUGUUUUGUACUCUAAUUUAA